AUGCUCAACUUUCCCAAACCAAACACUGCUCGCAAUCUCCAUCACAUUCACGUUUUCAGCAUCUUCGACCUAAUAACUGCCAUCGCUCUAUAUAGCAGCAGCAGUAUGCCAGAUAGGUCACCCCUACCUGCAAUGUCCCCUCGGGACUCGCUGCGCCGAUCCGUGUCGCCGCGUUCUCCCAGAUAUCCCGACAGUCGCAGUCCGAGUGAAACGCGUGGAAGGACAAGAAGUCGAUCAUUUUCACGAGACCAAGAAUCGCCACGAAGCCCGAAACGCGCUGGCGGCCGAUGGCCGCGAGACCGAAGCUACACGAGAAGCCCAAGCCCAAGAAGUCCUAGGAGAAGCUCCAAAAUCGUCGUGGAAAAAUUGACCAAAAAUGUCACUGAAGGUCAUUUGCACGACAUUUUUGGUUCAUUCGGAACGAUACAGAAUGUCGAUCUUCCUCUGAACAAAACAUUUAUGACGAACCGAGGCACCGCAUAUAUCUUGUAUCAAAAUGUCGCAGACGCUGAGGCGGCGGUAUCCAAUAUGCACGAAGCUCAAGUCGACGGGGCCGUUUUGAAAGUGUCUAUUGUUCUGCCUCGACGUGCAGACAGUACAAUGACCACCCGACUGGUUUCUCUCGGGGCUCACCACCAAGAAGACGAUCACCGAGGCGACCAGCAAAUGGCGGCGGGCACAACAACAGACAUAACACGUACCGCCCACAAUCCUUGUCGCGAUCGCCAUCCCGUCGGCGCUCAAGACACAGAUCCUACUCUCCACGCUCUGAUUCCGGUUCCGAGCCGAGGAGAAGAGACUCCAGGAGAAGCCCGAGGUAUCGCCGACGUCGGAGUCCGAGCUACAGCAGCUACAGUUCGAGAGAUGGCAGUAUUUCUGGCAAAAGUCGUAGCCCAAACAGGAGCAGAGGUCAUAGACUACCCCCGAGGCGAAGAUGAUUUUUGCCUCAUUCUGUCUGCGAUGAUGCCGGGUGGUGCCUUGGUUUAA